GUGCAGUAACCACGCGGUCUGCGACACCCUCGUGUACACUCGUGUUACGCGGGCGCUCCGAAAACCACCCUUAACGCCACGUGUCUCGCGAUCGUCUCGCCGAUAGGAAAAAGGGUGAAUUCUCGACACGUCGAACAAACGCGUAGCGUGUUUUAUCUUUCGAUUAAAUUUUUCGUACGUUUUGAACAGAACCAAAAAAAAACAAAAAAAAAGAAAUUUCUUUUGCCCAUUUUUUCCCCCCUUUCGUAUUUCGAGUAAAACGAUUCUCUUCUAUAUUUUUUCAUCCCUCGGAUCACGAUUGAAAUAUUGAAUUCGAUGAGGUGAGUCGGGUUUGGAAAAAAACGUGAUCGUAAUUCAGAGAUUCCGGUAGGUGUGCACGCCUAGUAAGAAUGAUAAUAAUCGGGGUAACAAUAAAUAACUUAUGAUACAAGGUAACCAGCACUUGGUGUUUUAAUUACAUUCGGUUUUAAUGUAUUCUCGGGUUCCACGGUAGAGCCUACUAUGAAUAAUUAACCCGAAAGUGGUAAAUUUGAUCAGUCGUGAAAUUUGAUCGAACAUAGAACAGCCUAGCAUCACCCUCGGCGUGCACUCCGCACAAAUAUACAUAUAUAUAUAUAUACGUCAACCUUUGAACGGGUUUAUUAAAUUUUCCACUCGAAAAUUGAGCUUUUAUUAUUCAAAUAGUAAAUCGAGUUUCGUUUGAUUUAUCAUACGUUCGCGAUUAUCUCAUUGAAAGUAUAAUGUGCUCGAAAUUAAUCCUCGUCUGUUUUUAAUCACGGGAUCGCAUUGAAUUCACAAACGAAGCGACCGUGCUCGUUUCUAUCGAAAUUUGUUCGCGGAGACUAGAAAAGAAAAAAAAAAAAGAAACAUACGAAGUGAUGAAAAUAAAAAAUACUAACAAAAAUGAAAAUAAAGAACCUCCACAGUCCCGUUAAUUAUCAACCCCCGAUUUGUUAGUUGUUUUUUUUUUUUUUUGUGUUUUAUUAUUUCAUUAACAGAAACAGCGGUAGCGAACGUUAUUAAAACUUUAAAUCAACGAUAUAUACAAAAAACUGUUUCACAAAUAACGAGUAAAAUCAAAAAAAACAUAAAAUAAAACAACAAUAAUUAUUAUAAUGUUACUCAUAAUUGAAUUGAAAUUGUUUUUCCUUUUUUUAAACAAUACAGCACCGAUGGCAUAUCGAGGGUAAAAACUUUUCCGUUAAAUUGAUUACACAAAUCAUGGUUAAAAAUUAGUUUUGUAAACUGCAGUGACUGGUAAAAUCGGUGGAACUUUAAUAAUAUAAUAUACAGUUUUUCGACUCGUCGUACUCACGCUGUGAUAAAACAAAAAUCAAAAACAACAAUAUCUCAGAAUCUCAUUUCAACGGGACGCAGGAGAGACACGUGGGGAAGAUGAGGCUGCCGAGUAGAUAGAAGAACUCAAAGGUCUAGAGGCGCAACAUGCCUAGUCGACUCGCCCUAUUUCUCCUUCACGUUCUGUACGCGCCCAUUGCGACGGGGUUCGUGCCGGACUUCCUGUACCCCCUGGAGAACGUGACGAUCCCGCAGGGACGGGACGCGACCUUCACCUGUGUGGUUAAUAACCUGGGUGGAAACCGGGUGAGUUCUUCCUCCUCUGCGAGUGGCGAUCACGGUGCAGGCUCCAAGGCCCGGGUGGCCUGGAUAAAAGCGGACACGAAGGCGAUCCUCGCUAUCCACGAACACGUCAUCACCAACAACGCGAGACUGUCGGUGACUCACAACGACUACAACACCUGGACUCUCAACAUUCGCGGUGCCAGGAGGGAGGACCGCGGUGUUUACAUGUGUCAGGUCAACACGAACCCGAUGAAAAGUCAGAGCGCGUAUCUGGAGGUUGUAAUACCGCCGGACAUCGUCUACGAGGAAACUAGCGGCGAUUUAAUGGUACCGGAGGGUGGCUCGGCCAAGCUAAUAUGCAAAGCACGGGGUUACCCGAAACCAAAAAUUACGUGGAAACGAGAAGAUGAAGCUGAAAUAAUCACGAGGGCUGGUGCGUCGGGAAAGACAAGAACGCCUUCGGCCGAGGGUGAAAUUCUCACGUUGUCUAAAGUAACGAGGAGUGAAAUGGGCGCAUAUCUUUGCAUAGCCGCAAACGGAGUACCACCAUCUGUCAGCAAACGCAUUAUGCUGCACGUUCAUUUUCAUCCGAUGGUCCAAGUUCCGAAUCAGCUGGUUGGAGCCCCGCCGGGAACGGACGUGACGCUUUCUUGUCAAGUGGAAGCCUCUCCGAAGGCGAUAAACUACUGGACAAGAGAGAGCGGUGAGAUGAUAAUCAGCAAUAGUAAAUACACCAUGACGGAGACGUCGACGUCGGUAUACAGCGUCUUGAUGAGGCUCGUUAUCCGUAAUUUGCACAAACCAGAUUUAGGUGGUUACAAGUGCAUAUCCAAAAACUCCAUCGGAGAUGCGGAGAACAGCAUUCGUCUUUACGACAUGGAGCUACCGAAGCAUCCAAAAAAGCACGGAGAUCGAAGGGGUGGCCUCGACGACGGCUCGGACUUGAGUAACGAACGGGAUCACAGACUGAACCACGUCUUCCAAGGUUCCUUGAGGGAAACCGGCUCGACUAUCGAGUCGCCGACUGACGAGGAUUACGCCACGGCGGCUACCACGGGGAGGACAAAUUUUAAUCAAACCUUGGCAAUUAUUUAUGUAUUAUCGUUACUAUCCCUACGUUCGUUUCUUCGAGUCUGAAGAGACAGGGAAACGGAGAAGCAAAAAAAAAAAACAAAAAUAAAUUCACCCUCUUUCGUGGUGCGUGAGGAAAAAAGGGAAGAACACAAAAUUGCGUUCUUUUCUUUUUUCCUUCUUCGUAUCAUUCCUGGUGUAAUUAUACGUGUUCCUUUUUUACGUUUCAUUUUUUCUCCAUGUACAUAAAAAGGUACAGAAUACAUUCGACCCCUUAGCCUAACGAAUAACGAUCGCUACGAUAAUUAUUUAUUAAUAACUGUUGCUUCCGCUUAGAAAAACAAAUAUACAAUAGUCGUAAUAAUGAUAAUAAUAAUAAUAUAAGAUAAACCAACUAAUGUAAAUAACGUAAAUAAUAUAUAUUAUCGAUCAAAAAGAUUGCUUACGCGACAUGUACAUAGGGUGAUUGAACUUUUCAUUGCGCUUGUUUUUUUUUUUUUCGUCUUUCGAGAGGUGAAAAUGAACUGAAAAUCUGUAGUAGAACUAAAGAGAAAGAAAAAAAAUCAAUAUCCUAUUAAUUUCCGGUAAUUUAUUUAUACUACCGCAUAAAACUUCGAGGUUAACACGAUUUCUUUUUCUUCUUCAUUUUAUUUUUUUUUUCUUCUCCGCUUUUGCUUUUUAAUGAAACUUUCUUUACCACGCCACGACCGAAAAAGGGAAAAAGUAACGAACGAACAAAUAAAUGAAGAAGUGUACGUAUAAUAAGCGUUAAGUGUGCUCUCGUGAAUUUUAAGGUACACGUGAUAAAGUGAGGAUAAAAUUUAGCGAGUGAUACCUCGAGACCGUUAUAAACAGCUAUUAUAUGUACCUACACAGUACACAGGAUUUAACGCGGUUUACAUAACGGGAAGAAAGUUAAUUAUAUUUACAAACGACUUGGGCUAAACGUUAUCCUUAAUAUUAAACGGAUAUCAAUCGCCCGCGGGACGAUAUUCGCAGCCUUCGAAUUUUCUCCUUCGUUUUAUUCGUCCAUUUGUUUAUUUGUUUGUUUUUUUUUUCCAACGUCCGACGAUAAAAUUUUUAGAGAAUUUCUUCUCCUCUCCUUUUCGAAACGUCCCGUGCACCACAUCGCGCAUGUAAUGCGAGAUCGCAGCUGGAUGAGGAAAAAGUGAAAAGUGAAAGUGAAAGGAAAGGAAAGGAAAGGAAAAACGAGAAGCGAAGGGUAAGAGGGAAAAUAGAAAAAGAAGUAGUGAUUUUUUUUUUUUUUCUCUCUUCUCGAGGAAGAAAAGGUUGACAAUGGGCAACUGCUCACUGUUCAGCGGCUGAGGUGAAAGUGGGCAUGGGUACAGUUAGAGAUGCGGAAGAAUAUAAUGGCGACCGGACUUAUGCUAUACGUAUACCGCUUGUGUAAGGGAGGGUUCAAAAGUUCGGUAUGGUACACGGUGCUUAGUUACCCACCGCAACCUUUAACGCGGUAGGGAAAUUUUUCGAAAAGGUUCCAAUAUUCCAAGGCGCCAUGGGGUUUCUCCAGAUCCUCGUUCCUCUCACUUUCGUACACGAAUCCUAUGUACAUACGAGGGUACAAUACGUAUAUUCUUCACGUCGCGGGUUCCGAACGAAAUAAAAAAAUAAUUCCCACACGCGUUAUGUACAUACGAUUAUAAACGAAUGAGAGUUUGUUCGAAUCCACUCUUUUUUUCUUCUUUUCAUUUAUUCGUUCGUGUAAACAUAAAACAAACUUUGAUCGGGUUUUUUACCCCUCUUUUUUUUUUCCUUUUUUCUUCUCGGCAUCUCGAUCCGCGAAUGAAACGUCAAAAAAAAAAAAAAAAAAGAGAUAAAAAAAAUUGGCUCGCUUUUCGGGAUUGACCCGUAUUAUGUAUAUUAAUGUGGGUAUGAAAUUUUAGCCUUUGGCAGAUGAAAGAGAGAAAAUGAAAAAAUGAAAAAAAUUAUUUCCCUUACGUAUAUGAUAUUAUAACGGGAAGCCGAAGGUUGUGUGUACCAGCCAAAUUAAUGUUCAGUUGUUUGAAAAAGGUAACGGUCUCGUUUUAUUACACUUGAACGUAUAUGGAAUUCGAAAAAGCGAUUCAAAAUCCGCGAUUAAUGAACGGAAAUUCGAAUUUUUUUUAAACGAAACAAGAUAAGAAUAAAGAAAAAAGAAUAAGAAUCGAAUAUUAUAUAGAUACAUAUGAAUGAUGAAUCUUUGCAUAUCCCAUGACCAUAUCAGUUCUCAUUAAUGAUUAUCUAAUGGUGCCAAAGAUUGAAAAAAUAGGAGAAAUCGAAAUUUUGUGGAACAGAAUAAAGCUGGCCAUCGAAAAACGUUCCAAUAAAAUUAGAUCGAUCUUUGUCGAUAAUUGUAUAAAAUCUGUUCUUUGUUACGCACGUCACACACGAAAAAUUCUUCAAUAUCAUUUUCAGAUCCAAGAAAGUAAAAGUGUUUCAACUCUUAUUUCUUAUGACCGAAUUUCAUUCUCAAUUUGUUCGUACAAAAAUACAUAUAUAUUUACGUAUGUGGUCACGUUUACUCGAUACAUAGAAUUUUUAGUACGACCUCUUGUCAAUUGUAAAUAUACAUACAUGAAUUAUACACUACAUACAUAGGUAAUGAUAUAAAAAUGCAAUAUACACACCCAUAACACAUAAAUUAAAUGGAUUAAUCGAAUAAGAGUGAGUGAUAUUUUCUCAAUUUUAUUGCAAGCUUCAUUACAAUGACCAAAAAACUAAAAAAGAAAUGAACCUCCAGAAUGAAGAGAAACAAUUUUUUCGUUCUUCUUCCAAAUUUAUUUAUGGAAUUUUUGGAUCUCACAGUUGUCAGCUGGGUGACGACAAAAAAAAUUAAAAAAGACGAGCAAAUAAUUUGUUGUGUUUCCUUGUAGGUUGAAAAAUAUUAUUAACAUUGUUAUUAUUAUUAAUUAUCAUUAUUACAGAGGUUGGAUAAUUUAAUUACUACGAGUAAAAUACAUUAUAUAUAUAUAUACAUAUAUAUUAUAAAUAAAUUAUAUGUAUACUAUUAUAUAUGGUAAUAUAUUAUUGAAGUUACACAUGAAAAAUUGUUGAUGUAGGUGUUUAUGAUGGUUAAAAUUAUGCAUACACAUAUAAUAGGUAUUAUGUAUAAACAAUUCAGUACAUACGAUAUUAUAUGAUGCGUAUAAAAUAUAUAUGUACAAUUAUAUCAUACUUGUAUAAAAUGAUGAUAAGCUAUUGGAAAGCAAAGCAAGUAGUUGAAUAUUUUGUGCCGUAGAAAUUUGUUGAUAACCAAAUUAUAUAAUGCAUAGAUAAUUAAGAGAUAUAAAAUGAAAAACCAAGACGAGAGAGAGAAAAAAUAUUACAGUUAAGACGACUCUCCGAACUGUUACGAAAUGUUACAUAAUAUAAGACGAUCAUUUUUGUACCCUUACUUAAGAAAGAAAAAAGCAGAAAAAAAGGAGGAAGAAAGGAAAAUAAAAACCAAAACGAAACCCACCCAUCCCUGACCCACCCUAAGGAAAAGGAACCCCAAUUCGGUUUCAAGAUUGAUGACUGUCUGGCGAUCUUUGAAAUAAUUUCAACUGAAAAAUCAAAAAAUAGAGAUCCGAAAAAUGAACUAAAAAAUAAAAAGAACGAUGUAAUUUAAGUAUAAGUUCUUGUAUAAAGUUCGGAAAGUGUUUCUUGUUUAACGAAGAAACUGCUGGGCGGCCGGAGGGCUGUGAUGGUGGGGGAGAACCAGGAAACCUUUGCAAGGUCGUAGCUUUAUUAGAUAGCGUCAAGCAGCACGCGGCGGGAAAAUUAAAAGUAAACACCAGCAAACAACUCGAAACUACGUUCGUUCGUUCGUUCGUUCGUUCGUCGAUGAAAAUAUAUAAUGAUAUUAGAGAAGACGUUUUGUGGUGAAAGAAAAUUUUAAACGAUUUCUCAACGGAGGUACUUCAAAAGGCGACUUAGAUUGAAUUAGUUUGAUGAUAGAAGGAAAUAGAAACUUGCGAAAUAUAUUCACGUAACUCUUACGGCAAUUAUUCUAUCCUGGAACAUGAAAGUUUUUUCGUUGAAAUCAAAUUUUAUCCGUUGAAUUUUCAAUUCCCACAAAUGUGAAAUCAAAAUACACGAGUCACCUUAUCGAACUUGUAAGAUUCGUUGGUUAUUGCGUUCAAUUAGGAGCACAAAGGAGAUAAGGAGAACAGAAAAAAAAAACUAAAAUUAUCCGUCGCGACGAGACUCUCUCAAAUUGGAAAAUAAAUCAUAGAGUGAAUUUGAAGUUAUGUGAAUUUGAGUGAACAAUGAAUAAUGGAAAGAAAUUAAAAUAUAUACAUAAAUAUAUAUAUACAAAAAAAUGAAAUGUUGAUAAAUAAUUAAUUAAAACGGUGAUAGGGUUGCGUAUAAAGUAUAUAUGAUAAAAAUAAAGUUGAAUAACAUUUGAUAUUAUUUCAAUAUAAAUGAGUUACGAAGAUAAAUUGUGAGUGGAAUAAGUUGUAGAUCAUUCGCCACAUAUACCUAGAUACAUUAUGUUAUAUAAAUUAUUUCAAAUGAAAAGAUAUAUAAACAAAAAAAAAAAUUAAUAAACGAAAUAAAAGGAAAGAGAAAGGAAGUCAGCAAAAGUGGCACCUGGCUACAUCGUUGAAUACUAAUUAACAAAUUAAUUUAUUAAAAGGAAGAAGAGAAAUAAAAAGUAAAAAAUAGAGGAAAGGAGAGGAAAAAAAAUUCGGCGAGCCCUGUGUAUAAUAAUUAAGUAAGUAUAAUAUAAUCAUAAAUCGUCACAGCUGGAUUAUUCGAAUCAAUUAAUCCUCGCCAUCACUGUUGUAUAAUAUAAAUUUAAUAUAUAUGUAAUUAUUAUGUAAUAAAUUGAUGAAUUUUAUUUUCUUUCAAUUUUCUCAAAACAAGAACAGAGAGAACAAAAAAUAUAUUGAAUGAAAAAAGACAAAUAAAUAAUAGGAGAAGAGAGGAAAAAGAAACUAUAUUUAAAAAGAAAAGAAAAAACCAGCAACUGUUACUAAAAAUAUGUAACCCAACCUCAAUAUGCAGUCCGCGUGUAAAACAAUAAUAAUUAGAGGUUGAUUUUUUUACCGAUGAAGAAAAAGAAUUAAAAAAAAAAAAAAAUCUUUCAUAUUUUAAUAAUCAUGAAAAGAAAAGAACAAAAAAUAAUAAUAUUAAUAGCAAAUAAUAAAAUAACGCCCGAUUUGAUGUAUAAUAAUUAAAUUCAUGUAAAGUUAUGGAAAAUUGCAGAUACAUAAAGACUAGCUAGCUACCCCUGAUUAAUCAAUAGUUUAACUAUUGUUUGAAAAAAUGAAUAGAUAAAAUAAACCACUGAAAAAUAUCGGACAAUUAUCAAACUAUAAUAUAGGUAUAGUGAAAAAACGCCUAGAAAUGUUAUGACAUAGGUAAUAUAUAAAUAUGAAUAAACUAAGAAGAGACAGAAAAUAAAACGAAUGAAUAAUGGAAAAAAAAAAUCGCACACACUGUACAAUAAUCAUGCCAUUAUUAUUACAUAUAUAUAAAUAUGUAACUGUAAUAAUUAUCGUAAUUGUAUACACUGUCCCCGCAUAAUCAUAUGUUAUCGCAUAAUGUAUACAUAUUCUAUACAUAUACACACAUAUAUAUAUAUAUAUACAUACCACAUAAUUGUAACAAAAAUCGUAAUACCUAAUUGUAUCUAUAUACCCACCCGCUGAAUUUACAAGAAAAAAAAAGAAACCAAAAAAAAAAAAAAAAAAACGAACACCCCGAAAGCAGAGGAAAGAAUGGAAAGGGAAAAGAAAAUUUAUGCUCACACGAUGUACACUUAUAAAAUUUAAUAUAAUACACAGCUCAUACGAAACAUGACUAAUGAAAAGUAAAAGUAAAAGCAAACAGAUGAAUUUAAACGGAUAAGAAAACUAUAGCGAAACGAAUGAAUAUGAAUAAAAUGAUCAAUGUAAUUCUAAA